UUCAAUAUUUAUAGGAAGGGUAAAAUUAAAAAUUAUCAAUCAACAUAAAUACGGAGUGUCAACAGUGAACAGAUAUCAGUUUCAAACGGCAGAACUAACAAGAACACACAGCACAGUUCAAAAAUAAAAAUAUAAAAUGGCAGUUAAGAUGAUCAUUUUCGCCGCUUGCGUGGCCACCACACUCGCCCAAUACGCUGCCCCAGCAUACCCAGCGCAUCACGCUGAAGCUGAACACGCAUACGCCCCAACCCCGUACAACUUCGAAUACAGCGUAAACGACCCACACACUUACGACGUGCACAGCCAAGCCGAAUCCAGCGACGGAAACGGUAACGUCAAGGGAACUUACAGCCUUUUGGAAGCCGACGGUUCCACCCGCGUCGUCGAAUACACCGCCGAUGACCACAGCGGUUUCAACGCUGAAGUCAAGAAAAUCGAAGGACAGAGCCAAGGUUACAAGGCACCGUACAGCGCACCUGCCCCAGCCUACAAGCCAGCUUACUCCGCACCAGCAUACUCUGCACCAGCUCACUCUGCACCAGCAUACUCAGCACCCGCUCACUCUGCACCAGCUUACUCUGCCCCAGCCUACAAGCCAGCUUACUCUGCCCCAGCCUACAAGCCAGCUUACUCUGCACCAGCAUACUCUGCACCAGCUUACUCUGCACCAGCUUACUCUGCACCAGCUUACUCAGCACCCGCACACUCUGCACCAGCUUACUCGGCACCCGCACACUCUGCACCCGCUUACUCCGCUCCGGCCUACAAACAUGCUGAACACGCGUACGCCGCAACCUCGUACAACUUCUAUUACAGCAUAAAUGACCCACAUACUUACGACGUGCACAGCCAAUCCGAAUACAGCGACGGAAACGGUUACGUCAAGGGAUCGUACAGCCUUCUGGAAGCCGACGGUUCAACCCGAGUCGUCGAAUAUACCGCCGACGACCACAGUGGUUUCAACGCUGAAGACAAGAAAAUCCAAGGACAUGGACAUGGUUACAGCGCACCCGCCCAAGCCUACAAGCCCGCUUACUCCACACCCGUUUACUCCACACCACUCGUUUACUCCACACCCGCACACUCUGCACAAGCAUACUCAGCACCAGUUUACUCCACUCCGGCUUACAAGCCAGCGUACUAAUUUGCUUGUUAGUGC